AUAAAAUAGGUUGCCGCAGCGGCUUACAGUAGCGGAGUUAUCACUAGUCCAUCAGCAAAUGACAAUUCUGAUAGUGACGGAAUUAAUAGUUGUUCAACAAAUAAAGAGUACAUUUGUUAAAUUUAAAUUCGAUUGUUGUUUAUUACGUUUGAUCAACCUCUUUUUUGCUUUACGCAGAUUAAAUGAGAGGUUUAUAUUCUUGGACAAGGACGGCUCCAGCAACAGUAGUGAUACUGUUUGUAUUUUAGCUGAUAUUACUAAACUUCCUCAAAAGCCCGUCACCAAUGCAUGUCAAUUAUUACUCAAUAAAUUAACCAGUUGUGCACCAACUGCAAGAGUAAUGAGACAUUUAAUCAGGUCUCAUACUUUACCAAUGGAAGAACCUUUUGAUCUUGCAAUUCACUAUGACCUCAAUUUCACGAAAGUAAUGUGCAUACAUUUGUAAGUUGUUCAUUUUUUGUAACAUUAACAAAUAUCAAUAAACUAACUUUCCCUUUUUGAAUACGAUUAAGAAGAAUUUUAUUUAAAAAAUUAAAAAAUGACCAAUGAGCACAUAGCAUUUAUAUAUGCUGUUUUGUCCUGGUCAGAUCGCUAUGGAAAAAA